UUUGCAAACAAAAACUUUGCUUAAUUAAUUUUUAUCUACUUUAAAUUUAUUAAUUAUAAAAGAAAUAUGGUUUAAUUGCUGAUGAGACAACUCUUCAAAGAGGUCAAACCACAAGCUUCAAUCUCAAAUCUUGUCAAGAAAAUGAAAUAUUUACACAGGAAAAAAGAAGCUAGCUGAAAAAAAAGUCAUGAACAAAACAAGAUUCACCAUUUACAAUGAUCCAAAGAAAAGAAAAGAGCAUAUCUAGAAAUUUGCAAAACAAAAACUUUGCUUAAAACAUUUUUAUCAACUAUUAAUUAUAAAAGAUGGUAAUCCACAAGCUUCAAUCUCAAAUCUUAUCAAAUGAAAUAUUUACACAUGGGAAAAAUUAGCUAGCUGCAAAAAAGUCAUGAGCAAAACAAUUAACUACGAUCCAAAGAAAAGAAAAGAAAAAAGUAGCAUGUAGGGGGAAAAAUAGAGAGAGAGAGAAAAAGGAGAUAUGAUCCACCAUUGAAAAUAUGAUCCAAAGAAAAGAUGAUCCAAAGAAAAGAAAAAAGUCGCUUAUGUUCUAACGAAGGAAAAAAUAGAGAGAGAGAAAAAGGAGAUAGGAUUCACCAUUGAAACUAUGAUCCAAAGAAAAGAAAAAAGGUGUUUUAACGAUGAAAAAAAUUAGAGCGAGAGAGAGAGAGAAAAAAAAGGAGAUAGUAAUGAGAUGUAAAAAUAAUCGUCAAAAUCCAACUCGAUUUACCAUUGAAAAUAUGAUCCAAAGAAAAGAAAAGAAAAUAGGUUUUGUUUUAAUGAAGGAAAAAUUAUAUAUAGAGAGAAAAAAUAGUAAUGAGAUGUAAAAAAUAACCAUCAAAAUCCGGUUCGAACAAAUCUAUAAUAUAUAAUUGAUCUUAAAUAAAAACAAUCAAAAUUUAUUGAGUAAUGAUCACUUUUCAAAUUUGAAAGGUGAUAAACACUUUAUAUUUAAACUGACGAACUAAGAUUUAAUGUAAACAGAAGGUGUAUUAUCCAAAUACUGCCGCAAUAUUGGAGAUCAAUCUGACAUGAAAAAUCGCGAUCGGGACAGAUCUACACUGAAAUUACAUAUGAAUUAAUAAAAUGGUGCAACAUGGAUAAUGGAAGGUUGGCGAGCCUUUAGGAGUAAAUAAGUGUUGGAAACUAUUAUUCAAAUUUAAUGAAACGGAAGCUUUAUUCCUUUAUUAACGCGGUACACUCAAUUCUAUCAUAAAGCGAUAAAAAUGAUGAACCAGGUUGAGUACAUGAGGGGAUUUGGUGGAGAAGUAGAGCGGGCUGAGUUGAAUUUUGGAAGAAAGAAGAACAUUGCGGUUACACCGUACAAGGGAUAUGUUUAUAUCCACAUAGGCAGUUUAACAAGUAGCAGAAGCAUAACUCUUGGGACUGAUGAGUUUAAAGAGCUAUGCAAUCUGAAGCCAGUUCUUUUAAAAGCUGAGGCAGAAAUAAAAAAACAGCUGCAAAAACCUAGCAGGAAAAAGAAGGUUAUAGUUGUUGAAGAGGAAGAAGAAGAAGAAGAAGAAGAAGAAGAAGAAGAAGAAGAAGAAGAAGAAGAAGAAGAAGAAGAAGAAGAAGAAGAAGAAGUAGAAGAAGAAGAAGUAAAAAAAGUUACUUUGAAAAGAAAGAGAAAGGUGAUUGCUAUCAGCGAUAGCGAUGAGGAGGCGGGAGUGUCAGAGUCGGACGUCAGAAAGGUGAUUGUUGCAGCAGAAUCUGGCCCGUUCAAGGGGCUAAAGAAGAAAAAGAAAACAGCUGGAGCUGGAUUCAUACUUUCUGAAGCAGUUGAAGAUGGCGAGUGAAGAUAACACCACCAAUCAGAACAGAAAAAGGACAAUGGGAGAAGAAGUAGAAAAAAAGACACUGAGUGAAAAACGAAAGCGGUCAGCUCCACCUUCAUUAAGAACUUUAUCUGUUGCAUGUAUUUAUAAUAAAUUAACAACAAAAUGUGAUAUUCAAAUGAGAGAUUUUUUUUGUAAAAUUCCCUCACCAAUUUUAAUUAUUUUUAUGGAUUAUGCAGACUUUCAAUUUGUUUUAAAUCCUGGAUUUGCCGAAUUAGAUGUGUUUAAUGCUGCCGAGGAAAUUUUUGAUCAAAGAUAUCAAUUAAAUAAAAUGAUAAGGGAAUGCAGCCAUUUCACAUCUGAAGAGAUAUUCAUUCAUUUAAAGAACGUCCCAGGGUCUGUUUUAAAUUCACUCGGACUUUCGUUCAAUAGGGAGAACUUUUCCGAUAUUUUAAGGAAAAUAUUAAACAUGCGAUUUUCACGUGUUUAAUUUACCAAAGAAUAUGUCUCAUAUAUUUUAAUCUAAAAUUUAAGAAAUUUAUUUGUAAUAUUUUCAUCGUGUUUGAAGGUCUUUUUCCCCAUUGCACAAUGUAUUUCACUGGUGCGUUUGAAGGUGUAAUUCCCCAUUUUCAUAAUUGUGUUUAAUUUACCAAAGAAUAUGUCUCUUAUAUUUUAAUCUAAAAUUUAUUUGUAAUAUUUUCAUCGUGUUUGAAGGUGUUAUUCCCCAUUGUCCAAUGUAUUUCACUGGUGUGUUUGAAGGUGUUAUUCCCCAUUUGAAGGUGUUAUUCCCCAUUGACAUAAUGUUUGAAGGUGUUAUUCCCCAUUGUUCUAAUGUUUGAAGGUGCUAUUCCCCAUUGUUCUAAUGUUCGAAGGUGUUAUUUCACAUUGUCCUAUGUUUGAAGGUGUUAUUCCCCAUUGUCCUAUUGCCUUAAUGUUUGAAGGUGUUAUUCCCCAUUGUCCUAUUGUCAUUAUGUUUGAAGUUUGUUUGAAGGUCCAUUUGGGUUUUAAAGUUAUGUAUUUUCAUUGGGGUUUUUAAGUUAAAGUCGCCAUUUUACCAUGCUACUCCCCAUUGCCCUAUGUAUUUCACUUCCCCAGGUUGAUAGCAAACGGAUAAAACUUAAAUAUGUUGAUAUAUUUUAUUAUAAAAUCAUAUAUUUAUUUACAUGAAAUAAAAUAUUAUAUAAUUAU